AUGGAUGUGCAGGUCGCGCUGAAGGAACGGGGCAUCGACAAGCUCCUCGACGAGGCACGGGACGAUAACAAGGAAAACGACACGAGGCUUACGACACCAAAGCCUGGCUACAUCACCGCCCGCUGGGACCUCGUCACCCGCCUCUAUGAGCUCGCCAUCUUUGCUGCCGAGUACGGAGUUGUCGUGUGUUCUCCCGCCCUCUCCGGGAGGAUGUCUGUGCCUGCUAAUCCACCCUUCCUCCGUCCACAGAUUCGCGCGGCAAGAGGCGUCGUCGGAUUGACUGCCCUAUUCCUCGCCAUCUUCGCUCCCGUCGCAUUCCUCGCGGGCAAGGAAACCCAUCUGCCCACGCGGACAGGGUCUCUUGUCAUGGUAGAACAUGAUGGCUUGAUGCGCGUGUUUUGGCCGACCGAUGCGUGCAAGUCGGACCGGCCCGGCGUCGUGGUCGGAUGGAGGAACUCGACCCUCGACGUCCUCGUCGUGGCCGUCCUGGAAGACGUCGAUGCCCACGACGUCGAGUUUCACCUCAAAUUGGGCACCUUCUUUCGCGGCUGCCCUCACAGCCCGAGCCGGAUCUACGAGGUCUGCGGUCACUCCUCGAUGCACGUCCUCGGGGUCUCGAAUCCGACAGACGCCGAAGGUGCCGAUCCUUCAUGGGUGCGCGCGACGACGACGCCAUCCUCGAAGCGGCCCGUCAUCAACUGCGCCAAGGCCUCGAGUGUCCAGCUCAUCCUCUACGACCGGCCCGGGCCCAAGGCGAUGCAGUACAUCUCGCUCGACCCCAUGGCCUUGGCCCUCGGCGAUAAAGGCUCGGCCUGGGACAGCAGCAGCAAAGGUGCCGACGAGUCGAAGGGCGAUGUCGAAAAGCAGGAACGAAAGGAAAACGAGGCUCGUCGAAGGCUCGUCGAGAAGCUGAAGCUGCACACCAUCACCAAUCGAGUGCCGUCCGCGAGGGACAAGGCCUUGUCCAAAAUCAUCCACCAGGUCAACUGGUCGUGGGAGCUGGACCAGGAACUGCAGAGGAAUGUGGGCCGACUCGGUCCGCGGCCGAGGCGCGGUCUCAGCGUCUCCGAGAUGGUCGUCGAAUCGGCGACGACGAUGAGAAACUACGUCCUGCGCCAGCUCCGGGAGCUCUUCACCCUCUACCUGUUUCCCAUCCUCCGACGCGGCUUCUGCCUCCUCCUCCUCGGCCAUCGCGUCGUCGCCGAGGUCUUGCUCGUCAUGCUCGAGUGGCAGCCGAACCCGGGGGGGGCCGCCCUCAAGGACAUAUCGGCGACGGCCCAGCAGAUCGAGAUUCGGCUGCAGCAGUUCUGCUACUGGCCGAUGCAGUACUCGACCUUGCGUCGGCGAAACAUGAACUGGGCGAGCGUGACCAACAGCCACCCGGACUACAUCCGCUUCUACAACAGCCUCUGGCUCGUCGCCAACGACGUCAUCAUCGGCAUCGCCCUCGGUUCCUACAUCAUCGACCACGCAGACUGGGUGGCCGCCGAGCUGGCACAUCUCCUGCGGACCUACACGGUCGAGGCCCUCCACCAGAGCAUCGAAUGGCUCAUGGGUUGGCCUGCCGGUCUGAAGCUCAACACCGAACUGGCCGCCUUUCUCGGUGAUUUGUUUCUCUGGGUCAUCGACUACUGGUCCAGCUGCAUCGAGGCGCUGAGCCCGUUGCUGCCGCGGCUCCUCUGGUUCAUCGGCUUCGCCUCCUUUGCCGGUGCGAGCAUGCCCAUCGCCAUCUUCUCGGACCUCCUCUCCGUCCUGACCAUCCACAUCUACUCCUUCUACCUCGCCUCGGCGCGCAUCUAUCACUGGCAGCUCACCAUCCUCCAGUCGCUCUUCCAUCUCUUCCGCGGCAAGAAGCACAACGUUUUGCGGAACCGUAUCGAUUCCUGCGACUACGACCUCGACCAGCUGCUCGUCGGCACCAUCCUUUUCACCCUCCUCUUCUUCUUGCUGCCGACCAUGGUUGUCUUUUACCUCAAUUUUGCGAUUGCGAGAAUGAUCAUCAUUUCGAUGAAGGCCGGCUUCGAUACCUUGCUUUCUUGCUUGAAUCACUUUCCACUUUUUGCCAUCAUGUUGCGGGUCAAGGACCCCGGACGGCUGCCAGGCGGCAUUCAAUUCGAACUCCGAGAUACCCACGAUUAUAGAGCAUCAAACACCACCACCACCACCACCACCACUACUACUAAGAUUCCCAAGGAGCCGGCGACGUCGGUCAUUUAUCUCAGGUCGAUCCCGCUCAGCUUUGGGGCCAUGUUCCACCAGUACUCGCAGAUGGCGAACCGGAUUCGGAAACACUACCUGUCACCUCGGGUGCUGCUCUGUCUGUUGACGGGGCAGUUCGUGCCGCCAAUCGACCGGAAGAACCUUUACAGCCUGCAGUAUAGCAUGUUGCCGGCUAGGAGACCGACGGUGUGGGAGAUGUGGCGGGUGGUGAACAUGGAACUGCCCCAGAAGAAGCCGUUCCCGCUGCCAAACGUUCCUUCACUCCCAAACGGCGGUAGAAGGGGGGCGAACGGACGGGCGAGGUCGUAUCACUAG